AUGAAGAUGACCUUGAUUGCCCUUUCCACCCUGCUGGCCCUGGCUGCCGCAGUGGACACCACCACCACUACCUCCACCACCGUGGCUCCCACCGUUACGAUGUCCGCGGAGGCCCAGUGUGCCAAGAAGUGCAACGCCAACGACGUCUGCUGCAUUGCUCAAUGCUACCACGUCCCCUGCCCCAACGAAAACCAGGCCAACGACACCAACAGCUGUGUCGCCGCUUGCCCUCAAGGAAACGGCUCGCCGGCUGAGACCCAGAAGUAUGCUGACUGUGAGCAACGAUGCUACAACUCGCACUUCUUGGCGACUACCUACGCGAGUGCUGCUCCUACUGGCGCCAGCGCUGGCUCGUCCAACUCCAACUCCAACAAUAACAGCAACAACGACAACAACAGCAACAGCUCCGACGGCCAGUCAAAUGCUAUGACCACUGGUUCCAUGAGCAGUGAGACCGCUUCCAGCUACACUGGUUUCCAGCAAGCCACUGCCACCAGCGACUCCGCCUCUGCGAGUUCCUCCAUUAUCACUCAGACCGGUGCUGCCGCCCCCCUCAACCGUGGCGCUUCCGGCGCUGGCCUCUUCGGCCUCGCCUUGGCCGCCUUUGUCCUGUGA